ACCACAUCUUCCUGCGCACCCGUUUGCACGAUAUGAAAGUGCCUCAGUCACAAAAAGACACCCUCAUCGAGUUUGUUCUGAGGUCUUACAAAGAGGAAGAUUUCGUCGUGUCUCGGGACGGCUUUGCAGUCUUCCGUAAACACUCGGUUGAGCUUACCCUGCGCCGGUGCUGCUUUACCUGGCGCGUCAGGGUCACUCUGCAUGCACAAUAGGCAAAUGACACGCCAAAACUACGACGGAAGAAGGUCGUUGAGACCAUCUGCCGCCGGAUUAGUUUCGACCGCAUCCAUCCCUUACGUGACACGGUCACGGAACUUGUCCUCUCUACCGAGUAUGACAUUGCAACAACGCGCCUGCUGCCUCUCGAGGAGGAUCUCGAGAUGGACGAUGUAGGAAUGCAGCUUUGUGGCCAGUGGUUCUAUAUACGAGAAGACCCGUUCCGAGUACGGUUCUCAAGGUACCAUUCCCCAGUGGGAUGCCCGUGAGAGACCUCUCAAAGGUCAUAAAGGAACGAGAGCCUGCAGCAGGCGUCCACAGAGCGCGCCUCAUCCCCGACAAUCGCUUAUGCGUCUACAAGGAAGUGGACCGGCCUCUCUACGAACCGAGGGAUACCGACAUCAUGGAACAGGAGCUGAAGAAUCUGAGCCUGCUGCGCGGCGCGACAUAUGUCGUCCAGCUCAUUGCUGCGGUGGUGUCAACCAAUCCAUACCGAUCUUCCAGAGAGGACGGAGACGACGAUAGCCGUGUUCUACGUGGUCUUCUGAUUGAGUACCAUCCCAACGGCACGCUUGCAGAUGCUCUACGACGUUCAGAUCACCGUGUCCGUCAACCCUGGCGAAAAUGGGCGUUGCAGAUCGCUUGCGGCCUUCGAGAGCUUCACACUCUGGGACUCACGCAUAUGGACCUCAAGCCAUCAAACAUCGUCAUCAGUGCAGAAGGAGACGCUGUACUCUUAGACAUCAGCGGCCAAGCUAUCAUCACCCAGGAGUGGUUAUCGCCAGAGAUGCGUGAUCUCUUCAGCCCCUGUUCACAAGACCUCGGAGCGCGGGUACAGAACGAUGUGUGGGCGUUUGGAAAGAUACUGUCGCAGAUGGUCUCUGCUUCAAGUGAUGACGUGGAAAGGGAACGGUUAACCAACGUAACGUGCCUGACUGAGGUCUCUCCUCGAAUCACUCUCUGUGAUGCAAUAUCCAGGCUGAAUCUUUAGCACUAAUAGGGCUCUCAUCCCAGCUCGACUCUCAGUUUCCCGAAGCCACCAUUCUUCCCAACGGCCUCCAGAUCGUUUUGGCCCUUCCAGAGAACAGCCUGUGGUAAGUUUAGAUGGUAUAAGUAGGUCGGCCAGUAAUGGUAGAUCCCGGAUAGGUACGAUGGUACUGUACCCUGUAUGCACAACUGGACACCCUGAACCU